AUGUCUCUCGACCAGCAGGUCGCUCUCGCCCGUCUUCCCCGCAGCGAGUCCUCCCAUCUCAGCAAGGCGGCCCGCCAGGCCGUCCCGCCGUUUCUCCAGAAGCUCUAUGAAAUCGUGAACGAUCCGAGAAACGACGAGCUCAUUCGUUGGUCGGAAAAUGGAGAUUCGUUCUACGUCCUCAACCAUGAACGCUUCGCCCGCGAGGUGCUCGGACGCUGGUUCAAGCACCAAAAGUUUACAUCCUUCGUUCGACAGCUCAAUAUGUAUGGUUUCCACAAGAUCCCACAUCUGCAGCAGGGCGUCUUGAAGAGCGACACAGACACUGAACCCUGGAACUUUGAGCAUCCACAUUUUCACCGUGGCCAGCCCGACCUCUUGUGUCUUAUUCAGAGGAAGAAGCAGCCUGCGAAUAACAACAGCAAUGUUCUCGACGUAAAUUCCAUUGUUCACGGCAUUGCUGCGAUCAAGCGUCACCAACAGGCGAUUUCAGCAGACCUUAACGCGCUGAAGAAGUCCAAUGACCUUCUCUGGGAGGAGGCGACAUUGACGCGUCAGCGGCACGACAAGCACCAGGACACGAUCAAUCGCAUUCUCAAGUUCCUUGCAGGGGUCUUCGGC